ACGAUUAUUGUCCGUGAGAAAGACUUAAGCACCACUUUGCGUCGAUCUGAAGACCGGUCCCACAAAAAAAUGGGUAUUAAUCCCUCAUGGAAGGUGAAUGAAAUUCACCGUUUGAUUUCAAACGUAACUUUAUGAAAACAUCUGCUGUCACACGAUGCAUUGAUUCGCUAGUGUUUGUGUCACUCGGAGAAAAAAAAUUAGCCACUGUACUUUGAAGGCGAAAACACGUCGCAAGAGGGUCGCAUGUGCACGAACAGAACAAAGAGCAGCUUUCAUCUAGACGGGGAAGAGGAACCAAGUGCCUUAACUUCCUUAUUCUUGUUAGAUCUGAGUCUGACAUCUCGGUAGUAAGACGUUCACAAAAGGUAGAGAAAUUAUUUUCUCUUCAGUGAAAUUGUCAGAAAGUCAAGAUUCACAUAUAGCUGUGGACUGUGCUUUGCCAGCGAGAAUUGCUUGGUGUUCGCGAACGAUAUUUCUGGUUCGUCCUUGACCUUAUCGCUCUUCGACAGCUAUAAAACUAUCGCAAAGGGAGAACAGAGACAACCUGCUGAAAAGUUCUGCUGAAUAAUCGUCCAAGCGGCAACAUUUAGCGAGACAGUUAUUGGGCUACUGUUAAGAUAUUUUGACCCAAUUCAGACACAGCAAAUCAUGUCAAAUUUUAAUUUCUCGCCAUCAUUAAAUCGCACGAGUAACUCUGAUAGUGACCAAGGAGAAUUCCUGGCGUUAAGGAUCAUUCAAGGGAUCGGGAUGUGUUUAUUUAUUCUAACUGGGAUUCCCGGGAACUUUUUAGUAUGUUAUCUAGUUCGGAGAACGCGACGACUUCGAACAGUCACAAAUCUAAUUAUAAGUAACCUGGCCGUUGCGGACCUGGGGAUGUGUCUAUUUAAUAUCCCCGUUUCCUUGGUAACUGUCAUUUAUAACCGUUGGGUAUUGACUGAUUUCGUGUGCCAGAUCGCAGGUUUCACUAACUCCUUAUUCCUCUUCGAAGCUUUGUGGUCUCUUGCCUUGGUCAGCAUUAGUAGAUACUGGUGUAUCGUACAGCCUGGUAAAUUCUCUGCCAUUUUUACGCGCCGGCGAACCUUGGCCAUGAUUACGGCAACGUGGAUCUUGUCGCUUCUCUGUGCCCUUCCACCCCUAUUUGAUUGGUCUAAAUAUGUCUUUACCGUCGGUAAAUCAACGUGCUAUUUCAACCUAAAUGAGCACCUACCAUACACAAUUAUUUUAGCAAUUGUGGUGUUUAUUUUGCCUUACAUUUUGAUCACAGUUUCUUACUACCGAAUCUUUCGCUUCAUUCGAGGUCACAGCAGAAAAAUGAGAAUCAACAGUUUAUCAGCAAGUUUCAGAAAGGCCACCCGUUCUACAUUUCAAGACUUCAAAGUGACAAAAUUAUUGCUCGUAGUUGUCUGUGUCUUCGUAGCCUGUUGGACUCCACAUAUUACUGUCAACCUCAUGAACGGUUUUGGCAUCAUUCAAUCAAUUCCGCGAAUCUUGGAUGCCAUGAGCACGUUUUUAACUUUCCUUUCUAGUUCUUGCAACCCGUUUAUCUACGGACUCAUGAACAAUAAGUUUCGCAAGGGUUUUCGCGCAGUUCUCUGCGCACCUUGCCACAAAUGCGCAAAACAAAAGGCGCCUGUGCUGGAACGGAAAAUUAGCGGCGAAACCACCAGGAAUUUAAGUUCACGAUCAAGAAGUAGCCACAGAAGAGAAUGGAGAAUUGUAGUGGAGGCAAGAAACACAGUUUACGAGUCUUGUGUAUAAUAGCUCAAUAUUUACUCUCAAAAUGCAAGUCACUUUGCCGUAAUUUCCGUGCUGAAGUUUUACUAGCUUACGUGCGUGGUCAUUGGCCAUUUGGACUUUGGUUUUUUUCUCCAGAUCGGAUAAUGGCAGGCACUUGAGAUCUUCCACUGACAGAGAACGCUACACAAGCGCAAUUAAGGGGUCACAACGGCGUUACCGUAAAAGGAGAUAUUUAUGCUCCUUAUUGAUUAGUCCCGGUUUAAAGAGCGUUUGAUCGAGAGAAGCUUUGAACAAAGGGGGCAUAGAGGAAAGAUAUUUCAGGUGCAUCUGCAUUUGCUUUUUGUCGUGGGUACAUUCAUAAAUUAUGGUUUAAGAUAA